UUGGUGUCCUUCUGCUGAGGCUAAGGCAGGGUCCAGUCCUGUGCACCCAACUCAGCUUUGUCUCUUCCCCACCAGGACAGCGCAGAGACCCUGUCCCUCUUCCAGCAUCACCUGCACCUAAGUGUGUGGGCAUUAGGACCACGGAUCUCUCCCUUCACUUCUUCCCCCCAAGUACCGAAAGGCCUCUCUCCAGCCUGCAGAGGUCUUGAGCUGCGACCACAGAAGGAAGGAGGCGACUGGACGUGGCACGGUGACCUGCAUAGAGGUAGCCAUGACGAGGACUUCUACAUGUACAUACCACUUCAUUCUUUUGAACUGGUACAUUUUCCUCAAUUUUUACAUCCCACAACUUGGAACCUUCUUCCAAGACAGCGCACAGUCGAAGUACUUGACCCUCCUCAAUCUGCUCUUGCAGGCCAUUUUCUUUGGGGUCGCCUGUCUGGAUGAUGUGCUGAAAAGAAUCAAAGGGAGGAAAGACAUCAGGUUCAUCACUGCCUUCAGAGACCUGCUUUUUGCCACCCUGGCUUUUCCUAUCUGCACUUUUGUAUUUUUGGCAUUCUGGACCAUAUUUCUCUACGACCGAGAGCUUAUUUACCCCAAGGUCCUGGACGGCAUGUUUCCAGGGUGGCUGAAUCACGCAAUGCACUCUUUCAUAUUCUUAUUCUCACUGAUUGAAAUCAUCCUCAGACCUCAUCACUAUCCACCGAGGAAGACAGGACUCACCUUGUUGGCUAUAAGCAGCGUUGGCUACAUCAGCAGGAUCCUGUGGUUGCACUCGAAGACGGGCCAGUGGGUGUAUCCCGUGUUGGCAAAACUCAGCCCCUUGGGUCUCACAGCCUUCUUCUUUCUCAGCUACUUCUUGAUUGCCAGCAUCUACCUGCUUGGAGAGAGGCUCAACCAGUGGAAAUGGGGUGACAGGAUGUUACCAUGGAUGAAAAUGGAGUGAUGGUGUGCUAUUCUCCAACAACCAGGAAGGAAGAAAACACAAAAGGAUUUUUUCUUAUCUUUGAUUAUUAUUUCUUUGGGGAGGACGUGGGGGAAUGACAUAAGAUAGUAGAAAAGACAGAGAGUGACAUUUAAAUUUAAUUAGAGGAUUAUAAAAGUACCUUUAUUUGAAGAUUCUUAUUUUGUAAAAUGUUGAUGGUGCACACCAAAAACAACACCUGCAAUCUCAGAAUUUGUUACCUGGGUCUGACUUCCCCGCAGGUGAUGAUUUCUGGUCAAAAUCUAUGCAAAGACCGAGGAAGCUCACAUAAACUUGGUGCCUGAGAAACUGAAGAGAGAGAGAGAGAGAAAAAAAAAAA